AUGGAACAAGAAGGAAAAUUGGAUGAUAAGACCGUAGUUAACGAUGCGGAUUUAGAGAAGCUGCCUCAAGACCAAAAUUUAGCUGAUAGACUUGGUGAUGCUCAUGUAAAUAUCUUACCUUUGAAAAAGUUAUUGAUUAGUUUUGCAGCCAUGGCUACUGCAUUAUUUAUAGCAUUUGCUGAUCAAACUAGUGUUACUAUAGGAUUAGCCAGUAUUGCUAAAGAUUUACAUGCUGAAACCACAAUUAAUUGGGCAGGAACCGCUUCAUUAUUAGCUAAUACUGUUUGUCAAGUACUUUUCGGUAGAUUUGCUGAUAUUUUUGGAAGGAAAAAUAUGUUAUUAGGUAGUUUGGCAUUAUUAGGUAUUGCAAAUUUAGGAUGUGGAUUUGUUAAGACUGGAGUACAAUAUUAUAUUUUAAGAGCCUUUUCAGGAAUUGGAGCAGGAGGAAUACAAUCAAUCUCAAUGACAAUAGUUAGCGAUAUUGUAACAUUAAAACAAAGAGGUAAAUUUCAAGGUAUAUUAGGAUCAACCAUUGGAAUAUCAAACGCUUUUAGUCCUUUGAUCAUGGCUGGUUUUAUUGAACAUUCAACUUGGAGAAAUUUUUAUCGCUUAACUCCACCAUUAUGUGCAAUAAUUUUUAUCACUGUUUAUUUCUUAAUUGAAGAUCGAAAGAAAGAGUUGAAUCAAAUAUUAACAAUGAGACAAAAAUUUAAAAAAAUCGAUUAUUUGGGAGUUGUAAUGAGUAGUGCAGCAUUAACCUUAUUAUUAAUUCCAAUUAGUGGUGGUGGAUCAACUUAUUCAUGGAAUUCAAAAAUUAUAAUAAUUUUUUUCUGUUUAGGAGGAGUUUCAUUAAUUACUUUUCUAUUUAUUGAAUGGAAAAUCCCCGAAUUACCAAUGAUUCCUCUUAGAUUAUUUAAAACUCCUUCGCUAAGUUUCUUAUUACUGACAAAUUUUUUCUUUGGUAUGACUUAUUAUGGAUUUAUUUACUAUACUCCGUAUUAUUAUCAAUUAGUUAGAGGUUUCAGUAUUAUUCGAUCAGCAAUCUUAAUGUUCCCAUUAGUCUUGCCAAUGGCAGUAAGUUCUAUACUGGCAGGUGCUUAUAUGAGUUGGUGUGGACAUUAUAUUGUGGUGAUAUAUGCUGGAUUUUCAUUAUGGUUAUUGGGAAAUUGUUUAUUAUUAACUUGGAAUGAAAAUUCAUCAAUUGCCGAUAUUACCAUUGUUUUAAUAAUAAUGGGGUUUGGUGUGGGAUCAGUUUUCCAACCAUCAAUGGUUGCUUGUCAAGCACAAUCCAGAAAAGCUGAUCGAGCAGUGGUUAUCUCCACCAGAAAUGUAAUUAGAUCAUUUGGAGGAGCAGUUGGAAUAGCCAUAUGUUCAUUAAUUAUGACCAAUACAUUAAUAAAACAAGUUGAUAAUGAAUUGCAAAAUGAAAAUUCAAUUUUAUCCAAGAAUUUUUUAAAUUAUAUUAAGCAAAAUAUUUAUUCAAGAGCAGAUUUAUCAAAUUUAAAUCAACAACAAUUAAAAUUGAUAAGAUCAAUGUAUAUGAAAUCUUUGAGAAAUGUUUAUUAUUUACUUAUACCCCUAAUUGCAAUCUGUUUAUUAGCCUGUAUCCCAAUUAAAGAUAAAGGAAUGUCUUGUAUUGAUGAAAUUUCAGUUACAGAAGAUGAAAAUCGAUCUAAAUGGAAAAAUUUCAUCUUAAAAUAA